UUUUGUUGUUACAAUAUUCGUCUGGUGUAAUUGAAAUUUGAUAUGCGAUUAAUCGAUGAUUUCGAUUAUCGACUUGAGUAGUAGAAGAGAACUUCAUUGAUGUGGGCAAAUCGGCCUCGUGAAGAUGAAAUAUCAGUCAUACACGCUUAUUUUUAAUGAGAUAUUCGAUUAAUGUUAACAGCAACAAUAUUGUUCCCAUGAUGCAUAAUUAUCUUUUUUUACGUUGUCAAUUAACAAAAAUGAACGGUGGUUUUAUAGAAUAAAUAUUGUUCGAUGAAAUAUCGUGAAUGAAAUUAGUCGUAUCUGUGCGAUUUUAUCAAUAUUUACAAGUUGAAAGUGGUACAAGUAAUAUAAAACUUAUGAAGUGUGUUUUUUUUUUUAUUCGUAUGAAAGAGAGUAAUUGAAAACUUAAUAACAAAGAAAAAUAAUGAUACAUAGAAGCUUUUUGUUGCAAUGGAUUUUGGUGGUGAUAUUCACAGUCACUAUCAUUUAUUUAAAGAUGAAACUAAAUUUCCUGGAGGACCACUACAAAGUAUUGCACAAUGCCAUCACACAAGAACAAAACAAUGUUCAAACUGGGAAUGAAGUUAGCGAGCAUUCUUACAAAUCAGCUUUCGAUGAUCUUAUCAUUAUCUACAACAGAGUACCGAAAACAGCAUCAACCAGCUUUGUAGGUUUGGUCUACGAUCUGUGCAAACACAAUAAAUACCAUGUUUUACAUAUUAAUGUCUCUAAUAACAUGCACACUCUUACACUUCCAAAUCAGAUUCAAUUUGCGAAUAAUAUAACUGUUUGGAAUGCAAAAAAGCCAGCGUUUUAUCACGGUCAUGUUGCAUUUUUGAACUUCGAGAAAUUUGGUGUAAAACAAACGCCAUUGUACAUAAAUAUCUUACGUAAACCUUUAGAUAGAUUUGUUUCUUAUUACUACUUUUUGAGAUAUGGAGACAAUUUUAGGCCACAUUUAAUUAGAAAGAAGCAUGGAGACACUAAGACUUUUGAUGAGUGUAUCGAUGCUGGUCAACCAGACUGUGACCCUGAUAAUAUGUGGUUACAAAUACCAUUUUUAUGUGGUCAUGACCCUGCAUGUUGGGAAAUUGGAAAUAGUUGGGCACUGGAAGAAGCAAAAAGAAAUUUACAAAAACAUUAUCUACUUGUAGGAGUGACGGAAGAAUUAACAGAAUUUAUAGAAAUUUUACAAAUUGUACUUCCACGUUUUUUCAAAGGAGCCUAUAAUUCUUUCUUGCAUAAUAACAAAUCACAUUUACGUCAAACUACCCAAAAAAUUAAUCCACGGCCAGAAACAAUAGACAAAAUACAAAAAUCUGUCGUUUGGAAAAUGGAAAAUGAACUUUAUAAUUUUGCUUUGACGCAUUUCCAUGCUGUGAAAAAGCGACUUAUAAAUGCUUCUCCUCAAGAUGUGAAUCAACGAUUUAUGUAUGAAAAAAUACGUCCAAAAUAAAUUUACUUUUUUUAA